AUUUCGCCUCUUCUUCUCCUCUGCCUCGCGUCGCCUCGACAAGCACUCGCCCCGUUUUCCGGAGCUUCGCAGCUCUUUAUUGCCCUUAACACGAUACCCCGACCAGAAUUUCGAUUCAUUCGAUUGCGAGGAACGGAGAGGGGCUUUCUUUCCAUCUUCCCAAUCCACAUAUUUCGAUAAUCUCUUUUUCCCUUUUUCCACUUCAGCAUCUCGGCCUCGCUUGCCAAACCACUUUCUCCGCCAGGUCCACUCAACUCAACCAACCCGUUUUCCUUUCCACCACAUCAUCAAACCGUACAACAGUCAAUCAAUCCAUCGCCAUGGCUACCACCUCGAUGGAUUACGAGAACGCGAACACCGAUCGCUUUGACGAUGAUGGUGCUCGCUACGACCGCGAUCGUAGUGCAUCGCCUCGUCGCGACGAUGGCCGUGAUUCACGCCGUCGCUCGAUGUCGCCCAACGGCAACGACCGUGCGCCCCUGAAGAACGAUGGCGGUGCCAAGGAGGAUGAGAGCGCUGUCAACCCUGGAUCCAACCUCUUCGUGACCGGCAUUCACCCGCGCAUUGAGGAGUCAGAGAUCACUCGCCUUUUCGAGAAGUACGGCGAGGUCGAGAAAUGCCAAAUCAUGCGGGACCCCCACAGCGGCGAGUCGCGUGGAUUCGGCUUCGUCAAGAUGAUGACAUCCGAGCAGGCUGAUGCUGCGAUGGAAGGCCUUCGCGGCGAGAUCAUUGAGGGCCGCACUCUUAACAUCGAGAAGGCUCGUCGCUCCCGCCCUCGCACCCCCACUCCGGGCAAAUACUUUGGCCCCCCGAAGCGCGACCCUCGUGGCGGACGCUACGAUGACCGUCGCCGCGGCGCCUAUGGUGGCGGCUACGGACGUGAGGACUCUUACCGCGGCGGUCCGCGUGGUUACCGUGAUGACCGUGGCUACGACCGCGGCUACGACCGCGGCUACGGCUAUGAUCGUGGUUAUGACCGCGGCUACGGUGGCGGACGUGACUACCGCGACGACCGUGGCUACGGCCGCGACUACCGCGACGAUCGUGGCUAUGACCGUCGCGAUCGCGACGAUGCCUACGGUGGCCGUGGUGAUCGGUACGGCAGCCGUGACGAUCGCGACCGCUAUGGAGGUCGUGGUGGUCUGGACGACCGCCGUGGCCCCAGCUACGACCGUGAUCGCUAUGACCGUCCCAGUGACCGCGACUCCCGUCCCCGCGACUCUGCUCCCGGCGCUGCUGGCGGCUACGGCGAUCCGGCUCCGCGCGGCGAUGCCCGCGAGCCAUACGGCGGCCGCUAAAUCCCUCGGCUCUAUGCGAACCCUUCCAGACACUGCUUGCCCGAUGACUCGGCUGCAGUACGGACUUCCUUUUCAUCUCGUUUCGCGUUUGGCUUGGGAACAAUUCGGAUAUCCCAAAAAUCAAUCGAUUGGAGUUUACGGCUGGCGUGGGGAGGGUUCAUGGCCCUGUCUCGGCCACA